AUUAAUUUUGUAGGGGCGAGUGCUGGGAACUAAUCGGAGAAACAGAGAAUUGUGGGUAUUUUGUGGUCAUCGCCAUCUUGGCGUCGCAAGAUAACAAAGAUGGAUUCACAAAUAUCACAGUUCUUAGCUCAGCAAAAACAACAGUCAUUAUUUCCAAGGCCUCCCCUGAGAGGGGCAGGAUUUGUAGUAGCAAGGCCAGGACAGGGAGGAUUCAUAGGAGUCAGGCAGCCAGGACUCAUGCCAAUACCAAUAGCUGGACAUUUUGGGCAGCCUGAAAUCCCAGGGAAUUUCCCUCAGCAUGACUUUCAAAGAGCCUUUCCUCCUCAGCACGAAAUUGCCGCAAACUUUGGUGGUCAAAGAGAAAUGCCAGGAAACUUUGGACAGCCUAAUAUUCCAGCUGAUAUGCGGCAGCUUGAAAGAGAUAUGCAAGGAAAAAUGGGUCAGCGGGAGAUGCUGGGGAAUAUACCACAUCGUGAUGACUUUGGCCAGGGAGAAAUGCAUCAUGAUUCUUUUGAUGACAGAGGUUUUGGAAACCAGGUAGAAGAGGAUCAUGACAGGCAUUAUCAAAACAGAACAAGAGACAGGGACAGAGACAGACGUCGGGACCGGGACAGAGAUCGUGACAGGGACAGAAGGAGAAACCGGGACAGGGAUAGGGACAGGAACCGAGAUCGUAGCAUGGAGAGGAGUAGAGGGGGAGAAGGAAAUUUUGAUAACAGUUAUGAUUAUGGCAACUAUGAAGAGUAUGAUGAUGAUGGUUACAACUACGAUGGUGGUCGGCAAGACGUGAACAACAGUAUGGGCAGAGACAGGAGAGAGGGGCGUGGCUAUGACAGGGGAGAUCACUAUGGGCGUGAUGGGCGUGGUCACAACAGGGAGGGGGAGAAGUGGUUGACUGACAACCCCACGAACACCAUCAUGUUGAGAGGAUUACCUCAGAAGAUAGAUGAAAAAGAUAUUCGUGCAGAGCUCAUGAUGUUUGGUGUACCUAUAAAAGAGGUGCGGCUAAUGAAGAAGAAAGAUACAGGUGCCUCCAGGGGGUUUGCUUUCGUGGAGUUUCAGAAUACGACCGACGCACAGCGCUGGAUGGAACACAAUCAGGGCCAGUUAUAUAUGUUGAACCAGUAUGCGGUUAGCAUGCACUAUAGUCAGCCUAAGACCCCUGGGAUGGGAGGGGGCAGCGGCAGAGACGGAGGCCCCAGUGGCGGAGGAAUGGGACCCAUGGAUAGGAAUGGUGAUCAUAAAACAGACUGGAUUUGCUCUAAGUGUGGAGUACACAAUUUUAAAAGGAGGGACUACUGUUUCAAGUGCAGUAUCUCCAGAGAAGAGUCGGAGAAGUCUGGUAAAGAAGGAGAUGGCUUUGAUCAAGUGGGCACAAAUCCUUGUAACACUUUAAUUUUCCGUGGUCUGGAUGCCUUGACAACUGAGGAAAGCAUCAUGGCUGCCCUGGUUAAGGUGACGGCCCUGACUGUGAAGAACUGCCGCGUGAUGCGGGAUAGCUUGACCAAUACUUCACAAGGUUACGCAUUUAUAGAGAUGAAUUUGGCAGCAGAGGCCAGCCAGUUACUGGAGUCCCUGGGGAGACUUAACCCACCCCUGGAAAUAGAUGGAAAACAAGUCCUUAUGUCUUACUCCAAAAAUACUUUCACCACAGUGUUGGCCACCCUCCAACAGAACAGCACAUAUGAUUACUCCCAGUACUAUGACAGCACAUACUACCAGGGCCAGGAGGCCCAGCAGACAGGAUACUAUGACCAGAAUGGACAGUACUAUGAAUAUAGCCAGGGCCAGUAUGUGCAGGCAGCUGCCCCACCCACACAAACUGACUCCACCAAUGCAGCGGCAGCGGUGGCCCAGGCAGCCAUACAGCAGGCCCAGGCUGUGAAACAUUUCCAGAAACAACAGGAACAGUACCAGAAACAAGUGAUAGAACAAAUACAGCAUCAACAAAAGCUAGCAGAUAUGUCACCGGAGCAGAGGCUAGCCCACCAGGCCCAGCAGUGGUCCACCACACAGACAGAUGGCGCUGAGCCUGCACCACAGCCAGGAGAGCCCAAUGCCUCUGGAGAAUACACCACAUAUCCUGUACCAGAUGUCUCAACCUAUACAUAUGAUGAGGCGUCUGGAUAUUAUUAUGAUCCACAGACAGGCCUGUACUAUGAUGCUAACUCACAGUACUACUACAACGCCUCCACUGCCAAGUUUUUAUACUGGGACAGCGAGAGGUCAACCUACUUGGCUGCCCCCACAGCCGAGAACCAGGGCGAACAGAAAGAUGACAAGACCAAGAAGGAGAAGGACAAGAAAGAGAAGGUCAAGAUUGCCAAGAAGAUAGCCAAGGACAUGGAGAAAUGGGCCAAGACCCUGAAUGCUCAGAAGGAUGCUAUGAAGGAUGGGUUUAAGAAGAGCAUGCAGUCACUGGGAGGAGGGCCUGAGAGAGAGUCUGCCAGCGCUGACGCAGGGUUUGCUGUACUGGAGAAGGGCAUGGGCGAGAAGCCAGUAGACCAGUCACUUAUGCCUCCACCACCUCUGCCUGGUGGGGGAAAACAAGCUCCAGGUCAAGGUCAGCCAUCUGGAGCUCUGGUGGCGUCUUACGGCGGAGACAGCGACGAGGAGGACGAAGACGACACCCAGCAGAUGUCACCAGGGAUGGUAGAGGAGAAGAUGACCGACUGGACCAAGAUGGCCUGUUUGUUGUGCAAAAGACAGUUCCCUUCAAAGGAGGCUUUACAGAGGCAUCAACAGCUGUCAGAUCUCCAUAAGCAAAAUCUGGACAAAUUAAAGGCAUCACAAGCAGCACAGGCUGGGCCAUCUGCAGGUCAGUACAGGGACAGAGCUAAAGAACGAAGACAGAAAUAUGGAAGCACAGAUCCACCUAUCAACAAAAAGAAACAGCAACAGCUGAGACAACAGGCCACAGCAUAUGAAGAGCCAACCAAAGCAGGUCUAGGUCAAGACAACAUUGGAAAUAAACUUUUACAAAAGAUGGGCUGGAGUCAGGGCAAAGGUCUGGGCAGGACAAACCAGGGCAUUGUGGACCCUAUUCAG